AUGAAGAACCCGUCAGCCGGGCACGCAGCCCUCGUCAUGGGCCUCGCCGCCAGCUUCGCCGCGGCCACCCCCUUUUCUCUUCCUCUUCCUCUUCCUGCCGACAACUCCUCUUGCACCACCACGAGCUGGGUUGACCUGGCUCCGCCCGCCGCCUCAGUCACCGCGCGUGCCGCCACGGCCGUGACGGUGACCAAGUACUCGACCGUCGUGUACCAGCACACGGCCGUCAACUGCGGCGGAUGCGGCCACCUCGAAGUCGCCACCCGCGUGGUCCAGGACGCUCUGCCCGUCGAGACCGUCACCUUUGCGGGCGCGGCGACCAUCACCCGCGGGUACUGCGCCGGCCAUGGCUUCUUCCCGCUGGAGACGGGCGGCGCUCGCGUGAGGCGCCAUUUCGAAAUGGUGGACCCGCUCGAGUACGAUGCCAACGACGGCGACUCGGGCGUGCUCAUCCAGGGGGACGAUGACGACGAGGACUGCGUUGCCAGCGUGCUGGAGGCGCCCAGCUUCUUUGACAUGGACUCCACCAGCGUUGCCUACAAGACCACCAUUACCCUCACCAGGACAAUCGACUGCGGCAGCUGCACCAAGGCUUCUCCCGUUCCCGUUCCCGUCAACCCGCCGCAUCCGGGCCCUUACAACGCAACCAUGACGGUCGACAUGCCCUUCAAGACGACCAAGCUCAUCUGCGGCAAGACGCUGCCCACGGACGGCGUCGAGGGCAAGAAGAAGAAGCAGAAGCCCAAGAAGCCCAGCAAGACCAAGCCCACGCCCAUCGUGACCGAGGCCUGGCCGCCGCCGCUCGAGGUCCACACCGUCUACGGCAAGGGCCGGACCACUGCCGAGUGCUUCUACAACUAUGCCCUCUACCCGGAUCGCCUCGACCACACCCGUAAGAUCUGGACGUCGACCUUCACGUCUGUGGCGCACAAGAAGUGCGAUCACUGCGGGCUGAUUUGGUUCACGGCUCCGUAUGAUCCGCCCGUCCCCGAGUCGGUCUUUACGACCACUGUGUUUAAGAAGGGGCGCAAGACGGCGACGGCGAUGGCUUGCUCUGAUUAG